AUGUUCCGAUUUUCCCACAUUUUUGUAAUUAUUUUAUUAAUUACUUCUUUUUGCCUAUUAAUUGAUGCUCGAAUUGUUGAGCAAGAACAACAACAACAAGAAGUUGAAGAGGAAAAAUGCGAUUCUCAUCAAAAUGAGGCUGUUGGUGAAGUUAUGGAGAGGAUAUGUAUUAUGUGCCAUGAAUUACAUUCACAUUCCAGACCAAAUAUGCGUGUUGAAUGCAGGUAAUUAAUUAAUUAAUCACCUAAUUAUUUAAUUAAUUGAAAUUUCAAUUUUUGCAGAGCCAAAUGUUUUACCACUGAUACAUUUCGAGAAUGCGUCAAACUUUUCUCACCAAGAAGACACAAUCGACACGAUCGCAAUUUCCGAACAAAUUGA